AUGCUUUUAUCAUUUAAUUUAACCAUUACGAAGCACAUCAACAGGUAUUUUUUAACGUUAAGUGGCGCAUUGCUUGCAAAAAGGACAUGGCAAACAAACAUGAAAAGGAAAACAUACAGAUCAAAAAAAAGGAAGAAGUUUAUAAGAUUGAAAGAAACGUUAAUUAGAAUACAGUGA